AUGUCUUCCUUCCGCACAGUAGCACACACUUCUCAAUCCAUUCAUUCUCCAAUUUUUGAAGAACCUUUAACCACAUUGACUUCACCUUCUUCAUUGCCUAAAUCCUUCUCAUGCCCAAAUGUCUUGUUGGAUGAAAUGGCCUCAGCCACAACAGAUCGAUCCUUGUCAUCCACAUCAGGAUUAUCAUGGUCAUUAUUUAAUUUACUCGGAAGUGCAGUCAAGAAACGAUCAAGCAUGACGACUCCUCAAUCCUCAUCACUCCAAAAACCACACUGCUCGCCAAGCAUCACGAAUAAUACAUUGGAUUCUACAAAUCAUGUGACUCAUCUCCCAGAAGAAAUUUUGCAAUACAUCUUGUACUUUUUCACACGAGAAGAAUUACUGUGUAAAAUCCAACUUGUCAACUCAACCUUCAAGCGAUUGGCAUUGAAUAGAGAGUUGUGGUGGCAUCAUACUUUUGUGAGAAAUCCACAUUAUGUGCAUCAAAAACGAGGCUUUGCUAUUGAGGAACCAUUCGAUGAUCGAGCCAAUGACAGCUCUCUCAUGACAUCAAGCAAAUGUCAAUGUUGUGAGGUUUAUAAUGAUCACCAUGAUCAUCAUUCUCAUCAUGAACCAUCCAAUACCAUCAUGUAUUCGAGUUCCCUCAAGAAGAGAAUUCAACACAUUUUCAAAGUCUCUACAGGUUGUGAUGCCAAUCCAGCUCAUAUUUACAAACAUGAAAAUAUGGACAGCAAGACAUCCACCUCUCCCUCUAAUCACUCCUCCAAAGUUGGAGAUUUUGCUGCACCUCAAUUGACCUCAAUGGAAUACACAACCUUAGAUUGUAUUCAUUACUUUAUGGAAGAAAAGUUAACCUCGACGAGCAUUUCAUCGACUCCAAUUCCAUCUUCAAACGCUCCAAUCAUUGUUGCAAAGAAAUAUCCACACAUUAUUUCUGAAGAUGUGAAAUUGACUCAAUCCUUGAAUGGAAUGAUUUUGGGAGAUACCCAGUCGGAUAUUGCUGCUUCGAUUAGUGAGUAUUUAUUUGGAGAAGUGGCCAUGAAUGCCUUUGGAGGGGCUGACAAUUCCAUGAUUCAUCGAAUUUUCCCAAGAUAUCGACAUACCAUGACAUGCAUUCCUUCCAACAGUGCCACGCCAAAUGUCAUGAUUAUUGGAGGUAUUUUGACACCUCGUCAGUUACAUGCUGAAAAUCCACACCAGCAAGGAAUUUACACCAUGAAUGCCUUGUUUGUUCCUAAUCAAUGGGCAUUUGAUGUGCCUCGAGAUCAUGAAGUUACUUGUGUGAAAUCAUAUCCAAAUUCAUCGAUGAAUGAUUCUGAACCUAUUCAUGUCGAUUUACCUCAAAUGUUUGGAAAGCAUUCUGCCGUGUAUGCUCCAUCUGUACGUUCUGUCAUUGUCUUUGGAGGUUCCUAUGAAGACUCAGUGACCAGCGACUUGUAUCACGUCCAACUCACUGAUGCUUACUUUUCAUCCAGAUUUUGUACCACUGCCAACACAAAAAGAGAUACUUCUCAAGGUUCCUUCCGUCGCUUUUUAUCACCUUCUCGAAGCGUACCCAUGAAUCUCAACACAAGUGACGUUCUGUUCCAAUGGCAAAAAAUUGUCAAACCCAAUGGAAUGGAGUGGCCAUCCCCUCGAACCAAUCACUGUGCAGUCAUGCUCAAUGAUCGAACCAUGAUUGUCCUCGGAGGAGGUGUUGGAAAUAACAUGACACCUACGAAUGAAGUUUGGGCCUAUGACGUUGUCACUCGAAAUUGGAAGAACCUUACUCCUCUCAUUGAAAAUGCCAAUCUCUUUACACCACGUUUAGGAUUUGCGGCCACUCCUCUCAACUCUCAUUCCAUCCUAUGUUUUGGAGGAGGUUAUUGGGUUCAAAAUUCUCCUCAAGACAAGUACUGGAGAGAAUCCUAUACUGAUCUUUUCGUUUUGGAUUUACAUCAUUUGAAAUGGACAAAAAUUGAGACACGUGGAGAAGCUCCCAAUGCUGGAACAUUCCCUGCCUUUUCUCCACAAUUAAUUGGAGUUCAUUGGUAUAUUAUUGGAGGAGGUAUGAUGUGGGAUGUUUCCUCAAGUAUUUAUCAAUUAAAUACUGUGACAUGGGUUUGGGAGCGAGUUGGAGAAAGUUUUGGAGCAGAUUCAAGUUGUUUGGUGAAUUUAUCCAUGUAUACUCAAGGUAAAAACAAAGUGAGUACCAAGUUGGUGCACUGUGGUGGCUAUCGUUAUGAACCCUUAUUGGAUGCGAAAGUGUUUUCAGUGAAUUGGAAGGAUCAAAUGGAUGCUAAAAGAAAGGAAUCGACUCGGAAAUGUGUCAUAAUCUCUCAAUAUGCUCAAACGAGCUUUGAUGGAACUUUUCGAAUCACUCCAUUAGCAAAAUCACCCAAUGACCGAUUUCGAAUUGUCUUGAAUAAUGUGUACAAUGAAGAUGUGAAAACUGUCAUCUAUCGAUUUUCCGAUGUCGUGUUUCAGUCGUAUGAACGAACGUUGCCAUUAUUUAUGCCAUCGCAGAGUAUCGAACGAUUGCACUGUUCGAAUGGUGAUGGCAAAUGCGCGAAUGUGAAAUCAAAGGAAUUUUAUGUGAGCAUUGGUCCGAGUGGAAGUUCGAAUUCCUCUGUUGUGUAUUAUCCCAUGAAGAUUCAGUUUCGAUAUUCGUUUAAUGACGAGUUGUCAGAUUCGAAUUUUGUUCAAAAUGAAGAGAUUGAGUUGAGUAGUGAGAAGGUAACUACUUUGAAAACGUUUACCAUUCCACAGUAUGCUCUGGAUCGAGCACCGUCAUCUGGUUUGGCAUUGUAUAUGUCUGUCAAAUGUCUGAAUCCAUCAGGAACUGUUUGUAAUUUGGCAUUUUCUUUGAGUAGUAACAGUGGGAAGAGUGAAACUGACAUUCCGCGAUUGUAG